GCCAGGAACACAUCGCAGAUUUGUUGAGGACUGAUUUGGAACACGUUCUAGAUAGUUAUGAAACUUCUACCGAAGUGUCUCAUUUUCCGGAACAUCUUCGGCUACGAAAAUUGUUCGCAGGAGGUGUUCCGAGAGUGUAUCAGCAUGUACGAAGAACACAGUUGCAGAAUGAUGUCGCCAAAGUAUUGAGAGAACGAAGUGACCUCGAUUCGUUUAUUGUUGUUCUCCAUGGCAUAGCUGGAUGUGGUAAAUCAACACUAGCGGCAGCCGUUUUGGCGGAUGUUCCAGAUUUGUUGGGAGGUCGUUUUGAGUCGGUGGUGUGGCUGCAGGACUCACGUUCCAAACGAGACCAGGCGCAUAAGCUUUUCACGGAUCUUCUUCUUAUGCUAUGGGAUGAUAAGAGUUCGGAUCCUCCAAGAUUGGUCGAUGUGUCUUCUGUGUAUUUAUGCAAACAGAUCCAAGAGGCUCUGAUUGAUAAUCCGAAUGUGCUCGUUAUUCUGGAUGACGUUGUACAGGAAGAGACGGUGAAAUGGAUCAAUCAACUUGGCCUUCGUGUACUGGCAACCAGUAGAAAUGCAGAGCUGUUCGCCUGUGCUUUAUGC